GUCCAAUGCAUGUCCAAUUCACAAUGUGUCUACACACAUUGUGAAUUGGACAUGCAUUGGACUUUGGACAAUGUACAAAAGUGGGUUCAUUUGUUGCCAAAGCAUAAUCUUGCUGAGCGUUCACCAAAAGCAAUUUCGUCGUCGUUAAACCAUCCAUCAAAAAUGAAAGUUUCAGUUCUUGGAGCAGGAAAUGGUGGCUACGCCUUAGCAUUCCAUUUGGUGCAAUUAGGACAUGAAGUUUUGCUUUUUGAAUCUGAUCAAUUUAAAGAAGCUAUUGAACCUAUUCAAAACGCUGGGUGUAUUAAUGCUCUCAAGGAGUGCCAGGGCUCGACAGGGGAAAUUCAUGGAGUGUCAAAGAUAGCGAAGGCAACGACUGACAUUAAAGAAGCAAUGGAGUUUGGUAAUGUCGCCAUGUUGAUUAUUCCAUCAUUUGGUCAAGGUCUGGUCUUUGAAGCUGCUUUACCAUAUCUAACUAAGGAUCACAUCUUCAUCAGUUUACCUGGAAAUUUUGCAUUUCUUGACUACGUCAAAGUCAUGCAGAGGAAAUCUUACACGAAUGAUUAUUUGAACAUUCCAUUUACGCUGGUCGAAACCAGUUCGAUACCUUAUGCUUGUCGUAAAGUGGACGCUAACAACGUGUUUGUCAAUGGUACGAAGAAGAUGAUGCAUGUUGGAGUAUAUCCAAGCUCUCGCACGCAAGCAACGAUGGAGAAGAUUAAGUCUCUUUUCAGUUUAAAUUUAAUUCCUAACAAGAACGUCAUCCAUACUGGGUUAAAUAAUCUGAAUUUCCUUCUACAUCCUGUAAUCUCACUACAGAACGCUGGAUGGAUUGAAACAAAGAAAGGAGAUUUUUUGUUUUACAACGAAGGAGCAUCACCUGGCGUUUUACGUUACCUUGACGCUCUUGAUCAAGAGCGACUUGCUAUUGGAAAAUCUUUUGGAUUUGAUAUGGACAAUCUUCUAACUGUCUGGUCAGGAUGGUACGGUGACACGAAAAGCAAGACAUUGGAGGAACUGAUUGAAAACGCCUACUUCUACAGCGCCAUCAAAGCACCUCCGACUUUGAAGAAUCGAUACAUUACUGAAGACAUCAACUAUGUCCUUGCACCAAUUGCAACAUAUUUGGCAAAGAAGGCAAACAUUGAGACACCAGUGGCUCAGGCUUUGAUGACGUCCGCCCACGUGAUGACAGGCCUGUCAGUUGCACCUGUAAGAAGAUUCGAUGAAUUCCCAGGAGAUUUGUCUUCUAUAUAAGAAAGAAUAUAAAAAACUUUAUCAUCAAAUGUACUGUUACGUUUUCAGUAAAGAUACAAAUCGUCAUUUAA